AUGUCUAGCGAUGAUGAAGUUGCUUCUGUGAGUAAUGAAGAUAUUUCUAUCGAAGAAGAAUCUCAAAGUCAAAGUUGUACUGAAACUGGUUCAAGUCCUUCAACAGGUUUUGAACUUUGUUUUUUUGUCUAAUAAAUAUUUCAUGGUUCCUUAAUUUGUCAUUUCACUCAUUUGUGCACAAUCUCAAUAGUUACUUAUACAGUAACUAUUAUUUAAUUUGAUUCUAGUACCAUGGUGGUUGAAAGAAAAGCAAAAUAUAAAAUCAUCUUCCUCAGAUUCCAAAAAAAGUGGAAAUGACAAACAACUGUUGUGCAAAGAGUGUCUCUUGAAUAAUCGAAAGUACUAUACCAUUUCAAAUGGAAUGCCAUCAGACAUUGAACGACACAGGAAAUCAAAGCAGCAUUUAGAAGUCACUAUAACAACUGUUUUGAAGGCAUCUAACGAAGGACAUGAUUUGCUUGCAAGAAGGGAAUUGAAAAGAAAACCUAAAAAACGACCAUCAACCAAUUUAAGAACUGGUGGAUCAUCUCCUAAACGAGCUCGAGUUGAUAGUGUAGUGAAAAAUGUUGGGAAAAGUCAACACCCACAGGAGCCACAGGGCAUCUUAAUGGUUACAGAAAAUUCUUUAGGAUCAAGUCAUACCCAAGAAGGAAACACACUGGAUAGUUAUCAUGACCCCAUAAACAAAGUAGAAGAAACAGUUACAACUGAGCUUGAAUUGGAAUCAGAAGUGGAACCCAACAGUAAAAGCCAAAGUAAUAUCAAUGACUUUUUAAAUCCACAUGUUGAUGCUGUAAAAGAAUGUAAUGCAACAGAAGUUGAGGGUUCUGUUCACUUGUCAAAUCGAAGCAAUAGAAUGGACACUGUUCCUGAAUUGCCAUCGGCAACGGAUAUUGCAACAGAAGUGGUUAAGCUAAUGAAAGAAAUGAAAGUAGAUGAUACUUUCGAAGAGAAGCCAAAGGAACUUUUGAACAAACAGCAAAUUGCCAAUGAUCUAGACGAGUGGCGAAAAAUCAGAAAUAUAACUGAACUCGCAACCCAAGUGCCAUGCUUAGAGUUCUUCUAUGACGAAGUUAUGUCUGAGAGUGUGAUACGCUGUGAAGUAUGUUUCCAAGCCUCUAUAGGCAAAGAAAAUAUAAAAAAUAUGUCUCCAUAUGAAAUUGCUCGAAAGAAAAAUCCAUUCAACCAUGGGGAUCCAGUGACGGGAAUAUGGAAUGGGAAGGAAAGGACAGAACAAUACCUUAAAGGUGGAAAUUCUUCUUGGAGAUUAUUGAAAUCCGUCUUUAGAUCGCAUAUGUUAGGUAUUUCAACCACCAGCCAUGGAAAACAUCAUUAUCUAGCUAUGAAAGAACUUGAAAGAGAGAAGGAAUGUAAGAGGAAAGCACUUGAAGCAAUGAAGAACUUAGUUAAGUGCAUGGUGACAGACGUUAAGCUUAAAGCAGCUUCAACACAAUAUGAAACUCUUGUCGCAUUUUUAGAUGACUGUGGUGUUGUCAUUGGACAGCGGCAACACAGUCGAAAACAAAUGCUUGCUAUGCUUGUUGCUGCAGAGGACUUUGUUGAUGAGAAAACAACAAAUGUUUUGAAGACGGAGCUCUUGUGCACUCAAGUGUAUCCUCAUUUCUUUGGCGUAUUGGAUAAAGGUACAGUGAAUCGACGAACUAGCCAGGCGUCAUAUAUUGUCUUCAUGUACAAUGGAAAAGGCCGUGCCUAUCCUGUUGGUGCGCCACUUGUUUAUACGAGAAAUAAUGAUGAAGGUGAAGAAUCGUCUGACUCAGAGGAUGAAAAUGAAUCGGAGGAGGAGGAAGAAGAAUUUCCUAAUGUUAGCGGUGGAAAUGCCCCAGAACUUGCCAGUAACUUCCUGAACACGAUAAAGUUGAAAUUGAAGCUUAACGAAGAGGAUCUUACCAGAUACUGUGGCACGUCCGCUGAUGGUCCAUAUCAAGCCUACGAGUUUGGUUUUACCAUACAGGAAGAGACGGGACGACAUAGAAUUCCCGAGGAAUUGCGGUUUUGCCAGGCAGUAAUUUGGGAUGCAACUCAUCUGUUGAAUUUAGCAGCAACUGACAUAAAAGAAGGAAAGUUUGGAGAAAGUUAA